CAUGGAUCAUUGGCAGAAGCCCAGGAUGCAAGGCGCUAUGUAUGUCUAUUAUCGGACCAAAAUCAGUGCAGUGCCUACUGCGUUUCCGCACUUCAGCCAGUGAUAGAUCACAUAGGAAAAGAGCAGCAGAAUUCAAAUACCUGCGAAAUUAAGUUAAAUGAAACUCAGGCGAAACUAGAUCGGAUAGAGUGCCAGCUGAGGGCGACGCAAAUCCAAAUGGAAGGACAACGGAUCGCCCUUCAGACAAAUUUGACCCAGGCUGUCAGCACGGCCCAGCAGGACCUCAAAGAAAAGCUGGAAAGGAUCGAAGGCAAUCAGACAAUCCUGGUAGACCGAGUGCAAGAGAUAAAGAGCGAUACGAAGAGCCAACUAACCGCAUUGCAGGACACACUGUCCAAAGUUGACCGGAGAACCAUGCUGCUGAACUACCAAAGGAUAGGCAAUAGACUUUUUUACAUUGAGCACAAUUUAAUGGUUAAUUGGUACACAGCAGUAAAGCUCUGUGUUGAGUUAGGUGGCCAUUUGGCAGCAUUCAAAAAUGACGAAGAGUUUAACGGAAUUACCCAACAACUGAAACAGGAAAACUACUGGUUGGGCAUAUCAGAUCCCAAACAAAACGGCCAAUUUACAACUGUGGCCAGUGGCAAAAGAGCUCCCUAUUUCAAAUGGCGUUCAAAUGAACCAAAUUAUAACAAAUUCGCUCGAACUGAUGAGCAUUGUGCUUACGUCUAUGGAGUCAGGAACUAUAUGAUACUUCUUUCAUGCACCCAAGAUCUUAUGCAUUUCAUUUGCCAAGCAGACAAGGAUGUGUAGAAAGCUAUGA